AUGCGCACGCCCCUGCUGGCUGUGAAAGCUUCCCUGGACCCCAAGGGUCAGGUUCUCGCGGACUGGAACCCCGCGGUCGCACCCUACUGCAAGUGGAUAAACGUCGUGUGCGAUGAGGCGGGCAACGUUGUCAGGUUGACAAUAUCCUACCUGGCUUUGGAUGGCACCCUCCCCCCCGCCACGGCCAUAACUAACCUGCCCGGGCUCAAGGGCCUGCUGCUGGGCGGCAACGCGCUCAAGGGCACCCUGCCCGCGGGCUACGGCGCGUCGGCGAGCCUCCAGGAGCUCUAUUUGAACGACAACCAGCUGUCUGGAUCGCUGCCUGCUGACUGGUCAAAGGCCAAGAGCCUCAGGGAAAUCUCCCUGGCGUUCAACAACCUGGAGGGGAAGCUUCCCGCGGAAUGGGGCGCCCUCCAAAACCUCAAGGUCCUGAAAAUAAACUCAAAUAAGCUGACAGGCCCGGUCCCGAAGGAGUGGGCCGCCCCCAGCAAGCCGUACAUGUCAUCCCUCGAGACGCUCACCGUUUUCGGCAACGCCGGUCUCACCGGCUGCCUGCCCGCGUCGUUCGGCGGCAAGGGGCCGUCGAACAAAGGCUUUUUCCAGGGGCCGGCAGGGCAGAAAACGACGGAUGCGAAGGCGGCGGCGGCGGGGACCAAGAUCACGGGGCUCUGCAGAUGA